ACACGUGUCUGUCGGAUGUUGUAAAAAUGGUAACAGCAAAUUUUGAGCACCAACUUAGAAUCAAAGUGUGUACAUUCAUAUAAAGAAAGCGCUUAGUGAAGAUGAAUGAAUAAGUGAAAGGAUGUAAAUAGCUGCUCAGGAGAUUUGACAAUGUGUGAGAAGGCUGGCUCCUCAGAUCCUCUGGCGCAGAGUCCACAGGACAAGGCAGCGGUGGACCUGGACCAUCACCGUAAGCGUGUGGAGCAUGUGGUUAGUCCUGCUUUGAGCAGAAUCUAUAUGGACUACAAUGCCACUACUCCAGUUGAUCCUGAGGUGGUCCGUGUGGUCACUGAGGCUUUAACUGAAGCUUGGGGGAACCCCAGCAGCAUGUACCUGCCAGGCCUGAAAGCCAAAGACAUCAUUAAUCAGUCGCGAGAGAGCGUAGCCAGGAUGGUUGGUGGAAAGGCAACGGACAUCAUAUUUACAUCAGGUGGCACUGAGGCUAAUAACAUGGUGUUCCACUCAGCGAUGGAACACUACUGGAAGAACAGCAUGCCAGCUGAGGGCGGACGUGAGGAAAAUUAUCAUCUUAAUGGCAAAAGGAUCCUUCCUCACAUCAUCACAUCCAAUGUGGAGCAUGAUUCUGUCAAACUCGUGGCUGAACACCUGGUAAAAAUGGGCAAGGCAGAUGUCACGUUCCUGCCUGUUUCUAGAGUGACGGGCCGGGUGGAGGUGGAGGACGUGAUGGCAGCGCUGCGUCCCUCCACAUGCCUGGUGUCAGUAAUGCUGGCCAACAAUGAGACAGGCGUUAUUAUGCCAAUUAGGGAGAUUUGUCAGAGGGUGAAGGCAGCAAAAAGAUCACCGUCUUCUCCCAGAAUUCUGCUGCACACGGAUGCGGCGCAGGCCAUCGGGAAGAUCCGUGUGGAUGCCCAAGAGCUGGGGGUGGAUUACAUUACAAUAGUUGGACACAAGUUUUACGCUCCUCGAAUCGGCGCCUUGUUUGCGAAUGGUCCUGGAACGAUGACUCCUCUUUACCCUUUGCUCUUUGGCGGAGGACAGGAGCGCAACUUUAGACCAGGGACUGAGAACACAGCAAUGAUUGCUGGUCUGGGGAAGGCUGCAGAGUUGGUGACAGCAAACCUGGUGAAAGACGAGUCUCAUCUGCUGGAUAUCAGACUUUACCUGGAGCAGAGGCUGCUGACUGUGUUUGGAAAAGAGAAGCUUCGUUUUAACAGUCAUUUCCAUGGAACAGACACACUACCCAACACGUGCAACGUGUCUAUUUUGGGACAAGGACUUCAUGGCCGAAGAGUGCUGUCCACAUGUAGGAGAUUACUGGCCAGCGUGGGCGCUGCCUGUCACUCAGACCACGGAGAUCAGCCUUCCUAUAUUCUGCUGAACUGUGGGAUCCCAUACCAUGUAGCAAUAAAUGCUCUGAGGAUUAGUGUGGGUCGAGGGACAUCACGGGAGGAUGUGGACAUCGUGGUAGAGGACCUCCGGGACACAGUGGAGCGAUUGGAGCAAAUGAAUUAGAGUCUUUUUCCUAGAGCACCGCUUGUGGUGGGGAUGUUGAACAACAGAAACUCAUGCUUUGGUAUCAUUAGCUGAAGGUAAUGAUCAAGGCAGGGAAAGCGGUAAGAGGUGACAGAUUAUGACUUAAAAUAACACAGUUCUAUUGUGGCUUAGAGUUUAUUUUAAAUGGGUUAAUUUUUAUGGUAUCGAGAUUCCUCUUCCUUUGGUACACUGUAACGAUACAAUGACUGGUUGUGUACAAUGACAGGUUAUGUACAGUGACAGGUUAUGUACAGCUAAAUGCACUAAUUAUCUAAAGUACUGUUACAGGCCUGAAUGUUUAAAGUGAAUUAUUUAUUAAUUUGGUUAAUAUAUAUUCUUAAUAUAUAUACAAUGGCUUUUAUGGAAGCAUAGGUUGAGCAUGCAUGUUGUAUUAAAGUAGAAAUAUCUGUAGUGCAUUGCACUGAAUGUGCACAAAUGAAGCUGGAAUAUUAUUAGCAUGUAUCAAGUAGGUGGUACUCUUGUUUGGCUUUUUUUUUUUUUGUUUUUUUUAAACCUGAUGUUGAAUUGUGUUCUGUCAUCAUUAAAGAUCACAAGCUUCAACCAAACUGCA